AUGGCACAGGCCCGUCUGAGCUGCUUGUGUCUCCUCACAUUCUACUUGACAACUGGAUACAGCCAAGAGGGGAAGUUUAGUGGACCCCUGAAGCCCAUGACAUUUUCUAUUUUUGAAGGCCCAGGACCAAGUCAAAUCAUAUUCCAGUUUAAGGCCAGUUCUCCUGCCGUGACUUUCAAACUAACUGGGGAGACAGAUGGAAUAUUUGAGAUACAACCGGAUGGACUUCUGUACCACACCGGAGCUCUGGACAGGGAGACGAGAGCAGUUCACAAACUCCAGGUCUCAACCGUGGAUUCCCACGGAGCCACGGUGGAGGGCCCGGUCCCCAUCACGAUAGAAGUGAAGGAUAUCAAUGACAAUCGACCCACGUUUCUCCAGUCAAAAUAUGAAGGCUCGGUCAGACAGAAUUCUCGGCCAGGAAAGCCUUUCAUGUAUGUCAAUGCUACAGACCUGGAUGAUCCAGCCACUCCCAAUGGCCAGCUCAUUUAUCAGAUCGUCAUGCAGCUUCCCAAGAUCAACGACAUCAUGUACUUUCAGAUAAACAACAAAACAGGGGCAAUAUCACUCACCCUUGAAGGAUCUAAGGAAUUGGAUCCCAUGAAGAACCCUUUCUACAGUCUGGUGGUCUCAGUGAAGGACAUGGGAGGCCAGACUGAGAAUUCCUUCAGUGACAGCACAUCUGUGGAUAUUACAGUGAAGGAGAAUAUUUGGAAAGCACCAGAACCUGUGGAGAUUACAGAAAACUCGACUGAGCCUCACCCCGUCAAAAUCACUCAGGUGCGGUGGAACGAGCCGGGCGCGCACUACUCCUUAGUCGAAAAGGAGAAGCUGCCGCGGUUCCCGUUUUCAAUCGACCAGGAAGGAGACAUCUACGUGACCCAGCCCUUGGACAGAGAAGAGAAAGAUGCAUAUGUUUUCUACGCGAUUGCCAAGGACGAGCUUGGAAAACCACUCUCGUACCCGCUGCAAGUUCAUGUGAAAGUUAAAGACAUUAACGACAACCCACCCACGUGCCCGCCGGCAAUGCCUGUGUUUGAGGUCCAGGAGAAUGAAGGGAUAGUGAGCGGCAUUGGGAACUUUAUCGCCCACGACAUGGACGAGGCGAACACGGUGAACAGCGUUUUGCGCUACAGGAUUUUGGACCAGACCCCGAAGCUGCCCCAGGACGGGCUCUUCCUGAUCCAGACCUACUCGGGGCUGCUGCAGCUGGCGCGCCAGGCCCUGCGGAAGCGCGACGCGCCCCAGUACAACCUGACGGUGGAGGCGGCCGACAAGGAUUUCAAGACCCUCUGUCCAGUGCAAAUCAACGUUAUUGACAUCAAUGACCAGAUUCCCAUCUUUGAGAAGCAGGAUUAUGGAAACCUAACUCUUGCGGAAGACACAGCCGUUGGAACCACCAUCUUAAUCAUCCAGGCCACGGACGCUGAUGAGCCAUUUACUGGGAGUUCUAAGAUCCUGUAUCGAAUUACAGAGGGAGACAGUGAGGGGCUCCUGGGGAUUGACACAGAUCCCCAAACCAAUGCGGGAUAUGUCAUAAUUAAGAAGCCUCUUGAUUUUGAAAGAACGGCCAUUCACAACAUCGUGUUCCAAGCGGAAAAUCCUGAGCCUCUGGUGCCUGGUGUACAGUACAACGCCAGCUCCUUUGCCACAUUCAAUCUUUUUGUAACAGAUGUGAAUGAAGCACCUAAAUUUUUCCAACACAUAUUCCAAGCAAAAGUCAGUGAAGAUGUGCCUGUACGCACUAGAGUGGGCAAUGUGACCGCCAGGGACCCAGAAGGUCUGGACGUAAGUUAUUCACUGAGAGGCGACACGAGGCACUGGCUUAAAAUUGACCCCGUCACAGGCGAGAUCUUCAGCGCGGCUCCGCUGGACAGGGAAGCCCAAAGUCUGUAUCGCGUGCAAGUGGUGGCCACUGAAGUAGGUGGGUCCUCCCUGAGCACCACGGCGGACUUCCACCUGUCGCUCACGGAUGUGAACGACAACCCCCCGCGCCUAGUAAAGGAGUACACGGGCCUGUUCUUCUGCCACCCCCUCCCCGCCCCCGGCAGCCUCGUCGUCGAGGCCACUGACGACGACCAGCAAUCCUUUCGGGGGCCACAGUUCACAUUUUCCCUCGGCCGCGAGAGCCUGCGGAACGACUGGGAGGUGGCCAAGAUCAAUGGAACUCAUGCCAGAGUCUCCACCAAGCACACAGGCUUCGAGGAGAGAGUUUAUAACGUCCCGAUCCGCAUCAACGACGGUGGGCAGCCACCCUUGGAAGCGACCGUCUCUUUACCAGUUACUUUCUGCACGUGUGUGGAAGGAAGGUGUUUCCAGCCAGUGGGCCACCAGCGUGGGAUGCCCACGGUGGGCAUGGCAGUUGGCAUUCUCCUGACCACUUUUUUGGUCAUCGGGGUAAUUUUGGCGGUGGUGUUCAUUCGGAUGAAGAAGAAUGAAGGCAAAGAGCAUGUGGAGGGCGCGCCCGCAUCUGAGGUCCAGCCUCUGAGGAAAUGAACUUGAAAGGGGGUGUUUGCGCCUCGGCACCAGGGGCCAC